AUGCGUUUUUCUCUUGCUAUUAUCGCCACUGUUGUCUUAUCUCAAGCUGUUUAUGCCUCUGAGCAUGGAUCUGCACAUGCCUCUGCACAUGCCUCUGAACAUGCCAAUAAUCACGCUGCUGCUUCAGUCUCGGCCUCGGCCCCUAGUCAUGCUGCCUCAGUCUCUGUCUCGGCCCAAAAUGAUGCUGUUUCAGCAUCUCAAUCUGCCUCAGCUGCUUCAGUAUCUGGUGCUGCUGAACUCGAUAAGCGUGGUCUCUUUGCCUUCAUGAGAAAGGUGAUCUUUGCUGAAGAAGAAAGCUCUUCUUAUGCCCCUAGUGCUUCCGCCAGUGCAAUCCACGGUGCCUCCGCCAGUGCAUCUGCUUCUAUUGCUCCUUCAGCUGCUAAGCGUGACGGUAAUAUGCAACAAAUUCUCGCUUCUAUCGCCAAAGCUCAAGGUUCAAUUUCAGCCAUGUCGGCUAGACCUAGCGCCAGUAUUGCACCCAAGUUACGUAAUCGUGCUGCCGAGCAAGUCAAUGCCAAGUCACAAUCUCGCCAUGGUUCUGCUGCUGCCCACGCUUCAGCCCCCGCUGCUGCUGCUGCCUCUGAAAACGCUGCACCUGCUGCUGCUGCUGCCUCAGCUCAUGCCUCCGCUCACGCCCAUGCCUCCGCCUCUGCCCCAGCCUCAGCUGCUGCUGCCUCUGGACAUGCUUCAGCCCCCGCUGCUGCUGCCUCUAGUAACGCCUCUAUCAAAGCAUCCGCACCCGCUGCUGCUUCUGAACACGCCCACGCUCACGCUUCUGCCCCUGUUGCCGCUGCUUCCUCUAACCUCGCCUCAGCAUCAGCCUCAGCCCCCGUUUCUGCUGUUGCCUCAGCUUCAGCCUCAGCUAGUGUUGUUGAGCCUGUUGCUAUGUACAAACGUGCACAUAAGCAUGCUCCUUGGUCUGAAGAAGGAGAAAAAGCAUCUGCUGAACACGCUGAACACGCUGAACAUUCUGAUCAUCACCAUAGCCAUCCUCAUCAAGCUAACGUUGCAUCUGUCAGUGCAUCUGCAUCUGCCCCAGGUGCUCGUCCUUCUGAAGCCUCUGCCUCGGUGGUUGCCAGAUUAGCUGAAUUAAACCGUAACAUGAAGAGAGAAGUUGCAGAUGAAGCUUCAGCAUCUGUUGAUGUUGCUUCAGCAAGUGUUGAGCAAGCAAGUGCUGCCUCUGCUUCAGUUGCUCCUUCUUUUGUAUUCCAAAUGUCUGCUGUCCCCGUUUCCGCUGUAGCUGAAAAUUCUGAAAUUUCUGAAAUUUCUGAGAAUGCCGUAGUUGUUCAACUUGUCGAGAACGAAGCUGACUCCUUCUGGAUUGAUGAUGCCAAAGCUGAAAAUGCCUUCAAGGGUUAUAACUGGAAGCUUGUCGAGUAA